AUGCGAACGAGAAAAAAGGUAUAUGGUUGUCGUAUUCUUGUGCAAGAAAUACCAGUAGAAUUUCAGCAACAUGUUAAUCGCUUUUUUUCCUAUCGAAAUUUCAUAACUAAUCGACAUAUUUUUGCACACCGUGCAAAUGAAGGUUGCUAUAAUAACUGGUAUAUUUCAAAAAUAUCAUUUUGGCAUAAACCAGAAGUACGAGAUAUUGUUGAUUAUAUGGAUGCCAGUGGAGGAACUUUUUAUUUUCGAUGGAAUGAUAUUUUAACACAAGCAGCCGCGUUAGCCUUCCUGGAUGAUAUGAAUCAAUUUUAUGUCUUUCGUGAUUUCACUUACAGUCAUUUAACAAUAAUUCAACCACCAAAGGGUGCUUAUGGUGGUUUAGUCGUUGGUACAGAUCAUAGUACAAUUCACGGUAUUACUCCCACCAGCGAAAGUUUAAACUUGAUUCAAAACUACGCUCUUGCACAUCAAAUGUCCAUAACGGGCAAAUGUGUACUUCAUCCCUUUGCGAAUUUUAAAGGAAAUGAAUGUGAUGAAUGA